AUGGGCGGCGCGCGCGCGUCGAGACCGGACGGCGCGCGCGCGAGGGCGACGGCGACGGCGAGAGGGACGAGGACGGAUGGAUUGGAGAUUUCGAGCGGCGAACCGGCGCCGCUGGGACCGACGGCGACGACGUCGGGAGGGAUAAACUUCGCGACGUACAGCGAGAGCGCGAGCGAGGUGAGCCUGUGCGUGUACGAUGAGAGCGAUGAUUGGAGCGAGGCGACGCCGCGGUGGGAGGUGCCGAUGACGAGGACGGGGAACGUGUGGCACGCGCGCGUCGAGCGCGGGGCGCCGAGACGAGGGGCGAGGUACGGGUAUCGAUGCAAGGGCGCGGGGGGGUGGGAGACGGGCGCGCGAUGGUACGAGGAUCGGGUGAUGAUGGAUCCGUACGCGCCGCUCGUGGAGGCGCGAAGGAAGGUUUUCGGGGAAGGGCCGAAACACGCGACGCACGGCGACGUCAACGAUCCCGACAUGUUGAGCGGGUACGAUUUCGAAUCCGAGCCGUUCGAUUGGGCGGGCGUGGAAUCGCCGAAGAUCGAAGAGAAAGAUAUGAUCGUUUAUGAAAUGACGGUGCGCGCGUUCACCGCGGAUGCGAGCUCGGGGUUGGAUGAGAAGACGAGAGGUUCGUACGCGGGCGUCGCCGCCAGGGUGGAUCACUUGAAAGCGCUCGGCGUCAACGUCGUCGAGCUCUUGCCGGUGUUCGAAUACGACGAGAUGGAGUUUCAACGCAUUCCGAACCCGCGCGAUCACAUGAUAAACACGUGGGGUUACAGUACGAUGAGUUUCUUCGCGCCGAUGUCGCGGUUCGGCACAAAGGGCGCGUCCGCGGCGCGAGCGUCUCGAGAGUUCAAGGAGAUGGUGAAAGCGUUACACGCGGCCGGGAUCCAAGUCAUUCUCGACGUCGUGUACAAUCACACGGGAGAGAUGAACGACGAGUUGCCGAACCUGUGUUCUAUGCGUGGAAUCGACAACAAGACGUAUUACAUGACGGACACGUCAAAGUACGUGCAAAUGUUAAACUUUACGGGGUGCGGCAACACGCUGAAUGCGAACCAUCCGUACGUUUCCAAGUUCAUCGUCGAUUCGCUGAAACACUGGGUGCGAGAAUAUCACGUCGACGGCUUCCGUUUCGAUCUCGCCAGCGCGCUGUGCCGGGACGAGAAGGGACAUCCCAUGAACUCGCCUCCGGUGAUUCGAGCCAUCGCGAAGGAUCCCGAACUUUCGCACGUCAAGCUCAUCGCCGAGCCUUGGGAUUGCGGCGGACUGUACCAAGUCGGUAGUUUCCCCAACUGGGACCGCUGGUCUGAAUGGAACGGCGCCUAUCGCGACGUGUUGCGGCGCUUCAUAAAGGGCGACGAGGGCGUCAAGAGCGACUUUGCGAGACGCAUCAGCGGCUCUGCCGACAUGUACCACACGAACAAACGCAAGCCAUACCACUCGGUCAACUUUAUCACCGCGCACGAUGGGUUCACGCUUCACGAUCUGGUCAGCUACAACGGUAAGCACAACAUGGCAAACGGGGAAUCAAACAACGACGGCUCGAACGACAACUUGUCUUGGAACUGCGGACACGAGGGCGAAACUGGCGACAAGGCGGUGCGAGGACUUCGCUGGCGUCAGAUGAAAAACUUUCAAGUGGCGCUGAUGAUCUCUCAAGGGACGCCCAUGAUGGUGAUGGGCGAUGAGUACGGUCACACACGGUACGGGAAUAAUAACACGUACGGCCACGACGACAAGUUGAACAACUUUCAGUGGAACGAACUCGAAAAGCAAAAAGCGCACUACUUUCGAUUUUCGUCCGAGAUGAUCAAGUUCCGACUUGCGAACCCUUUGCUCGGUCGCGAAGACUUCUUGAACGACGAUGACGUCACGUGGCACGAAGAUCGAUGGGACGAUCCGUCGUCAAAGUUUUUGGCGUUUACGUUGCACGACCGCGGGCAAGGUUUCGGCGAUACAUACAUCGCCUUCAACGCGCACGAAUUCUACGUCGACGCCGCGCUACCUGCGCCACCUCACGGUAAGCGUUGGGCGAGAGUCGUGGACACAAACUUGCCAUCGCCCGAAGACUUCAUCGCGGAGGGCAAAUUUGGCGUCGAGUCGCGAUAUAACGUCGCGCCGCGCGCGAGCGUUAUCCUCGUCGCCAAGUAGAGCUACUGUACCUUAUAUAUAGAUGCC